AUACUAUCGAUAGUGCCCUCGAUGGUUUGACACCUCUAACCAAAGUGAUAAACAGCUGUCAUCAUCGCCGCCCUUGUACGAAAAAAACAAUAGCGUGCCUUAGCAAGAGUUAUCUGUCUACACGAUGGUGUUCAACUUUACCGCCUUCACCUACAUCGUCGCCCUGAUUGGCGAUGCAUUUUUAAUAUUUUUCGCAAUAUUUCAUGUCAUUGCGUUUGAUGAACUUAAAACAGAUUACAAAAAUCCAAUAGAUCAAUGUAACAGCCUUAAUCCGCUAGUCUUACCUGAAUAUUUGCUCCACAUAUUCCUCAAUUUGUUAUUCUUGGUGUGCGGCGAAUGGUUCUCUCUGGCCAUAAACAUACCCCUCAUUGCCUAUCACAUUUGGCGGUACAAAACUCGUCCCGUGAUGUCCGGGCCGGGUUUAUAUGAUCCAACAACGGUGCUGAAGACGGACACCCUGUCGCGCAACAUGCGUGAGGGUUGGAUCAAGCUGGCCGUCUAUCUGAUUAGCUUUUUCUACUACAUAUACGGCAUGGUUUAUUCGCUCAUCUCCACAUAGAGCUGCCUGGGGAUCGGGAUCUCUGCAUCGUGUAUAAGUUGUCAUAAAAACAUACGCCGAGUGUGUGGUGUGCCCUGUGUCCCUCGUCAAAUGAGAUUGUCUCACAGCCGCGAACAAUAUAUUUCACCUCUGUACAGUUUAGUGUACAUCCCAUAAGUGCGAUUCAUAACAAAGCGAUAUUGAAUUAUUAGAUCAGAUCAGCAUUUUCUUGUUUGCUUAUGUUUUUUUUUUAAUCUUAUAUUUUUAUGUAAAGUUGUAUUAUUUUUUUGCAAUUCGCAUCUGUGGUUUAGUUGGAUUUUAAGCAUUAAAUAAAAGUCAAAUCGAAGUAAU